AUGAAAGCUGUUUUGAUGCAUAUGGUAUGUUGCCUCUCUCUGACGUUCAGCCCCGAUAUCUUGACGUCUUCAGCCAACUAUCGCCAAAACCUUGGAUGGAAGCUUGUCCGUCACGUGAUCAACACUUUCCUACAAAUUACAUUGGGCAGCACAACGCAGCAACGCAACGAGCCAAGGUCUAUGUAUCUACGUACAUGGAUAGUGCAUGCAGGAUUAGCUGCGCCCUGUCAAGGAUCUGCCUUCUGCCAGCCAAAUAUCGUCGUCGGCGUUUCCAAAAAAUACGAAGAAGUCGCCUUUGAGUCACGAAAACACGAGCACGGCGCUAAACCCAAAAAGGGAACAUGCCAGAACACGAACUUUUUCCGCUUUGAUGACGUCGAAAACGACAAGGCGGACGACGAUCGACGAUCGACGAUCAACGCGCAGGAAGGGCUCUAUAUAGAACUGUCCUCUGUUGCCUGGGCCAGGAUGGCUCUCCUCUUCUCUCGCAACCUCAGAUAUAUUCCGACGCUGGGCCAUUCGGUUGUUUCAGCCCUUUUGGCAACGAACGGCCGUCAUACGCCAGUUAUUCUCUCGAGGAAGCGAGAAGGCGGCUCCCCGGCGUCUAGCACGGCGGCUUGGGUGGUUUCUGGGUCGUCUGCUACUGCCGAAGUAGAAACUCGGUACGUCGACUACGAGUCCAAGGACUCGCUGGUAGCGGCCCUGCAUGAUAUCGACACUGUCAUUAGUGUGCUCCUUAUCCAUGACACAGACACGUUCGUCAAUACCCAGAUCAGACUGCUGCAUGCCGCCGAGGCCGCUGGGUGCCGACGCUUUGCACCGUCCGAGUUCUCUGGCGGACACAAGUUGCACUUCUUAGUCGACUUUGAGAGAGAGGCCAAGCUUCCCGUGUGGGAGGCUGUGCUCCAAUCCAACAUCGACGCCGCCCUCUUUGCGAACGGGAUGUUCAUGAAUUACCUUGGAAUCGGCAGUCCUGAGAAAGACGGUAAUCGGGCAGAGGCGCUGGCGGGCUUUGCUGAGGGGCCGUUAUUGUUUAACUUGGUUGAGGGCUGGGUUGAGGUGCCUGUGGUCGUGUGUGAGGGUGGCAGCGUACCACCACCAGCCGCUAUAACCAUGACCAACAUCCGCGACAUUGGCAGGUUCAUCGCAGCGGCUAUCGACCUGGAGGAGCCCUGGGGAAAACGAGAGCUUGGGAUGGCCGGUUCAACUCUUCAGUUCGACGAGAUUGUGAGCCUGAUCGAAAAGUAUACAGGCCGCACGAUGGAGGUACGCCCGUUCACCAAGAAACAGGUCGAAGAGCGGCUUGCCAGCCCUGCGGAAGGGGUUUCAGGGAUCAUUGAGAAGUUGGAGUGUCAGUUGAAGAAAGUGUGUUGCGAUGGUGGCAUCACUGUCCAGCCAACGCUCAACCGCCUCUGCCCGGAUGUAAAGCCCAUGACUGUCGAGGAGUUUCUCAAGAGGUACUGGGCGGAACCAUCCGGACCCACCGCUGAUGCAUGA